AUGGGUGUUCAGAAGACUGUUCUCCAGGAGGGCUCCGGUGACCAGCCCAAACAACGCCAGAUCGUUACCAUUGAGUAUACUGGCUGGCUCAAGGACCCCUCUGCUCCGAACCAGAAGGGCAAGCAAUUCGACUCGUCAGUCAACCGUGGCGAUUUCAAGACCGAAAUUGGUGUUGGCAAGGUCAUCCGCGGCUGGGACGAGGGUGUCCUCACCAUGAAGGUUGGCGAGAAGGCCACUCUUGACAUUUCCAGUGACUACGGUUACGGUGCCACCGGCUUCACUGGUCACAUCCCCCCCAACGCCGAUCUCAUCUUCGACGUCUACCUCAAGGGCGUCAACUAA